CAGGCCACCGCGCUGAGACCGUUGUCACAAUUUCUUCACAAACCACACAAACACUUCCCAACCAAAGCAACGAGCAGUGAAGCUUCUACGUCGAUUGAUCUCUUGCCAGUACAGUGACUUCAUACAUCUUGUUGAUUCAAAGAGUCAAAAGCGAAAUAAGACAGUGAGAGCAACGGCCGUCAGACAGAACGACAGGCAGCAAGGCAGAAGCGACACAGCCGCUAUUCCUUCAUACAAACUUCCCUCUUGCCAUUUCAACCAUGGAAGAGACGCUUGUGAUUCGCAUCAGACACGUGGGUGAUAUAGCUGCUAUCACUGCUUGGAAACGAGACGGCAACCUCCAGAAUCCUGUUUCUCUCAAGAUAUAUCUCCAACCACGUGCCCACAAUGUUGAGUUCUUCGAUUCCAGCAUGAUAAUGAUAGCGAUCUCCGUAAGGCGAAUGACAAACUUGAAAAAAUUGGAGAUCUCUCACGACGAAGAAGCCACGGAUGGACAAGUUUCCUAUGCUUCAAUUUAUGCAAUUACCAAGGCUAUCGAGCCCCUCCGUCGCCUUGAAAAUCUUGUCAUUGGUCGCGAUGUCAAGCUGUUUGGUCGGAAAUGUUUUUUCGAAGACUUUGGAGCUGUUGUGUCUCAGUUACCUCUUACGUGUUUAAGAUUCAAAUGCUCCUGGGAGACGAUUGGUCCAAAGCCAUUCGAUAUGCCUCCCUUCCGACCAGUACUUCGGGCCAUUCCUUUGAUCCGAAGUCUACAAGAACUUUCAUUUCAUGAGCGUGUAUCGAGACAUUGGCUAGAAGCUGAACUGUCCCAGGAAGAGAUUGAAACUUACUUCCGUGCAAGUCUUGAGCUACCAGAGCUCCUUUCAUUUAUCGUUUGUGAUGGUUUGGUCAGAAAUGACAAGAUCCUCAAAACACUGUCACAAGCGGCAGCCAAGAAUGAGUUCCUGGAUUUCAUGAUGAUUCCUUGUUUUGAAUUAGGGAAAACUGGAUCCAUCGCCCUUUCCAAGCUAGUCCUGACAAUGCGCAACAUGUCAACGCUGGUUAUCACUGUUCAGUCAUUUCAAUCUCGAGCCAAUCGUAAGGAUAUCCUAGAAGAGAUUAUACUCAGCGUUGGAAACUCCAAGUUGGCUGAUUUCGAAUUGACCACCAUGGUAAUGGACACCAAAGAACUUCUCCCUUGUGUUUUGUGUACAUUCAAAGCAGCAUUGCAAGACAACUACACAUUGAAAGAAGCCACCCUGAAACUGUGGGGAGAAGAUGUCGCGGACGAAGAGAGCAACUUUUUGCUGGAAAUGAACCGCCUAGGUCGUGGCGAACUUGUCCGCACCGCCUACAAACCAGAAGGUUGCAACCGUGGCGGCUGGAUGAAAAUGUUCGAGGCGGCCGGAGAUAAUCUGACCAAGCUCUACUGUUUGCUACGUUACAACCAUCACUUCCUGCUUGAAAACUAAGGCAGCCACUUUCAAUCUACGGCGCGUGAGAAUGGCUCCCCACCGAGGAAGAACUAAACUCAACAAGAACCAGACCGUAUCUCCGGGCAUUCAACCAAUGUUAUGCUGCCGGCAUAGCUCUUCUGUCGGUCAGGCUGCUUAACUACUCCGCACCGAACCAAAGUACGCACGAAGGGACCUCAAUCGUUAUUGUUUUCAGCAUCGUUCGUUACAUCAAUAAUAAUAACGAGUCUUAGAAGAACACUGCUGGCCCCAGUAUCUAGGUAGGGGGUACCGGUAGAGGAGUAAUGGUAGCUGGUUCUGUAGCCGCAAAUUCCCCUUCUUUUGCAUAGUCAAAAGAGAACGUGAGCUAAGCGA